AUGGGCAAAUACACCAUGCUGCACAACAUCAACAGGGUGUUGUGCGUUGUGCUCGAUGAUGGUCGUAGCGUCACGGGCAAGCUGCUCGUCUUUGACAAGCACAUGAACGUUGUGCUCGGCGAUGCCGUCGAGGAGCGGCCACAGUCCAAGAGGAUGGCUGAGGAGGGCGUCUCGUCAAAGCGCCAGCUGGGGCUUAUCUUGCUGCGCGGCGAGCACGUCGUGUCCGUUACAGUGAUGAAGGAUGUCGAGAACGGUGGGAGUGGGGCCGCGGCAAACUUUAGCGGCGCUCCCAAGUCGGCGAAGGCGACGGCGAUGAAGCGCAAGCGCAGCUAG